GAUAAAGUAGAUAAGAGUGGACAUUUUUUAAACAUUAAAAAAUCCAAACGUUCAGCAUAGAUCGUUUUGAUUUAAUUAAGCAAUGUAAUAGGUAUUAUACAUUUAGUUUUAAACUGUCCUAGUAGCUGUAUCGUGAGCGCCCGCAACCGAUUUUGUGCAGUUUUAUUUUUAACAAAGAAUAAAAAACCAUUCUUUUUCACAUAUUGAGUUAUGCACCAGAAUUGAACAAUAUGAAUACCAAUCGUCUUCAAACAGAAGAACCGGCUUUGAUUUCUGAUGACAUACAGGAUGAAAACAAUGUAACCAACAGUACUGCAAUUAUAUUUGAACCACUAAGCCCUGAAAAAGUUAGAUGGUUUUACAAGAGUGAUAACAAAAGAUGGACCAAAUUUGAUGGUUUUGAUUCAUUAAAUAUAGAGUAUAGGUACAGGGCAAAUUUCGGCAAUGAAGAAGAUGUAUCUAGUUUGAAUGGAUCUUUUAAUUAUUUUGUUGGGCUUUAUACUGUUGUUGUGAGAGGAGGUCUUUAUGAAGUAGACUUAGCAAAAAAAAAGUGUACAUCUAUAUUUUGGCCUGGUGAAGAGAGUGACAUUUUUCGUGGUGUUUGGUUUUAUGAUGGAUAUGAACCUUACAAAUAUGGUGAGGAAGUUGAGAGGGAACAUCUAAAUCUAUUCAAAGAUGGUACCAGAAAAAUUGAAAACACCGAAGACAAUGGAAAGUCUGUAUUAAGAGACGUUACUUUUGGGGACAUGCAUGUAGUAUGGUAUUCAUCAGCUGAGGUGUAUUCAUUUAAACAAAAGACUUUUAUCAACACAAAAAUCAUGAGAAGUGUUACAAAAAAAUUAGGAACUUAUUUCCAAAAAUCUGCUGGAUACAAACUAAUCAGAUCAUACAAAACUGAUGCUAGUGAAAAAGAUAAACUAAAUGAUAUAACUCAUCUAGUAUUUUUGAUUCAUGGAAUUGGUCAUAAAAUAGAUAAUAAAAAAAUAAUAAAAAACACGUCACAAUUUCGCGAUUGCGUGAAAUGGAUUAAACAUAAAUAUUUCCAAGGUACUGAACAGAGAGCAGAAUUUUUUCCUGUGGAUUGGAGAUCACAGUGUAGCUUUGAUGGAGGACUAGUUGAACAGAUAACACCAUUAAAUUUGAAAAACAUACGGCAAAUAUUAAAUUCAUCAGCUAUGGAUAUAAUGUAUUAUACUUCACCAAUAUAUGGUCGAGAAAUACAAAACAGUUUGGCAAACGAAUUGAAUAGGCUACAUUCCGAAUUUGUAGAACGGCAUCCACACCAUGACUUCAAAGUAUCAAUAAUGGCACAUUCUUUGGGUAGUGUUAUUUCUUAUGAUAUUAUAACAGGAUGGGAACCAUUUAUUAAACGAAGUGACAGUAGUCCAAGAAUUCAUUUAAAUUUUGAGUUGGAGAAUUUCUUCUGUUUGGGUUCACCAUUGUCAGUAUUUUUGGCAUUACGGCAAAAUGAAAUAUUUAAAGAAAACUUAAACUUGUUUCCAAUGUGGCUGGCCAAAAGAGUAUAUAAUAUUUAUCAUCCUACAGACCCAGUUGCUUAUAGGUUUGAACCAUUAGUGACAAAAGACUAUUGUCGCUAUAAACCUGUUGGUAUUCAGGCCUAUGGUGUAAAAUGCGAUUACUCGGAAGUUCCUCUAGAACUGAUUGAAAACAUGGAUUCUAGCUUUGAAGAAACCAAUGGUACUGAAGCUAAAGCACCAGAUAUGAAAAAAGAAAAUGAAACAUUCAGUCGUAGAAUAAGCACUUGGCUUAACAUGUCAAGUAGCAAUGACAGUAAAGCCAAUAAUUCAAAUCAGUUUGAAAAUAAUGCAUUUUCACUUUCAAGAAAUGGUACACCAGUUGAAAAUUUGAAUCAUCGGUUGGAUUAUAUUUUGAGAGAUAGUAUCGGAGGAUCGGCCAGUAAUUACUUGUCAAUGUUGUAUACGCAUACGUCGUAUUGGUCAAAUUACGACGUAGCUUAUUUCAUUUACACUAGAUUAUUCCCUGAAUUAGAUAAAACAAUGGAAGAUUUUCUGAAACCUGAAGAGAAAAUCCCAAAUUUUGACUUACAAUUUGAACAAGGUAUUGAAGUGACUGAAGAUUUGAAACAUUCUACUUAAGAAGCAAAUUAUCAGUAACAUCUAAAAAAAAAUUGCUUAUGUUAUUAAGUCUGCAAAUUUUUUUUUUAAUUUACUAUGAAAAGUUCAUUGUUAUACUUAAAAUAUGUUAACAGAAAAUAGUUAACACCAAUCAAUAUGUUUAUUGCCCAAUGAUUAAUAUUUUAUAAUUUAUUGAGUCUUAUGAUACUAUACAGGGUAAACUUCCAUAACAUUUCUUGAAAACAGUAAUUUAUUAUCCAGUAUUUUG